AUGGAGAGUUUCAAGAAAUCUCUGCGGUCGGAAGACAGGAGACAGGCAGGCGACUUCGAGGUGCCUGUUGGCGCUCCACGUGAAACGGACUGGCGGAGGCGGGCACGGGGGGAGGGAGGCGAGGGCGCGAGACGCAAGCAGCAGGCCGGCGAGGGACGCGGCGGUGACGGCGAGGCAGUCCUCGAGGCUGCGCGCGGUGUCCGCGUGGCCGCCGAGGCAGACGACGCCGCCGACGAAGCUGCCCGCCAGCAGCCCGACGAGCAGCGGCCCGCGCAGCAGGCCGACGAGGGCGCAUCGACGCGGGCAGGCGCGGAAGACGGCGACGGCGCCGAGGUACGUGAAGGCGAGCACUUGGAAGAGGGUCGGUUUGAGCAGUCGCGACCAGCCGAACCCGUAGCUGAAGAAGGAAAAAAGGACGUCUGCCUGGACACCAACUCGCUUUCUGCCUUCGCUGCGCACUACGUGCCAUAG